GACAAACAUCUUCGUCAGUAUUGGUGGAGAGGGUAAUGGCACAAUUCGCAGUGACAGACGGGGAGCUAAGUGAAUAUAAUAAAAGAGAAGCGAAAAUUAAAGUGCGGCAGUGGGUAUACGUGGCGCAUACGGGACGUAUAACAACAAGGAAACGACAGACUUGCACCGCUACAACCAACAGCCCAUUUCACUGAUGAGGUCCAAAGCAGCGGUCAGAGAGGAGUGACCGGCCCUCACGGAAGGCACACAGUACGCCUGCAGAAUCUCCGGCCCGCCCUCCACCGUCCCUGUUGUUGCAGGAUCGAGUGGCCUCAUUUUUCUACUUGAUUUAGUCCCCAAGAUCCUUCGAAACUGUUUCUCCAACGCUUCUACCAAAAACUUAGACUGUUUUCCAUAGCAGAACCGGCCCAGCCCCCCCAGGCGGAAGCAAUGGGGAGUGUGCGAAGCCACCGAUACAGCAUCGUGUCCUCUGAGGAAGACGGCAUGAAGCUGGCCACUAUCGCCGUCCCCAAUGGCUACGGGAACGGCAACGUCAACAAGGUGCACACGGAGCGCCAGCAUCAGAACCGCUUCGUCAGGAAGGACGGCCACUGCAACGUGCAGUUUAUCAACAUGAGCGAGAAAGGCCAACGGUACCUGGCCGAUAUCUUCACCACCUGCGUGGACGUCCGCUGGCGCUGGAUGCUGCUCAUAUUCUGCCUUUCCUUCCUGCUGUCGUGGUUGUUUUUUGGCUUUGUCUUCUGGGUGGUGGCCCUCUCUUACGGGGACUUAAACAACAAGACUCAGAUGUGUGUUUCCAACGUGGACAGCUUCACCGCUGCCUUCUUGUUCUCAGUGGAGACACAAACCACUAUCGGCUACGGUUACCGCUACGUGACGGAGGAGUGCCCCGUGGCCGUCUUCGUGGUCGUCUUCCAAAGCAUCGUGGGCUGCAUCAUUGACGCGUUCAUCAUCGGUGCGGUCAUGGCCAAGAUGGCCAAGCCCAAGAAGAGGAACGAGACCCUGGUGUUCAGCCAUUACGCUACAGUGGCCAUGAGGGACGGUAAACUUUGCCUGAUGUGGCGCGUGGGGAACCUCAGGAAGAGUCACCUGGUGGAGGCCCACGUCAGGGCCCAGCUGCUCAAGACCCGCACCACCGCCGAGGGAGAGUUCAUCCCUCUCGACCAGAUGGACAUUGACGUGGGCUUCGAUAGCGGAAUCGACAGAAUCUUCCUGGUGUCGCCAAUCACCAUUGUGCACGAGAUCGACGAGGACAGCCCUUUCUACGAGAUGAGCAGGCAGGAGUUGGAGACGUCGGAGUUUGAGAUUGUAGUGAUUCUGGAGGGCAUGGUGGAGGCCACGGCCAUGACCACUCAGUGUCGCAGCUCCUACCUGGGCAGCGAGAUCCUGUGGGGCUACCGCUUCGAGCCGGUGCUCUUUGAAGAAAAGAACUACUACAAAGUCGACUACUCUCGCUUUGAGAACACGUACGAGGUUCCCAGCACGCCCCACUGUAGCGCCAGGGAGCUAGCCGAGAGGAAGUCGGACGCCUCCAGCUCGAGGAACUCCUUUUGCUACGAGAACGAAGUGGCUCUCGAAAAGGUUGAGAUGGAGGAGGAGUUCGAUGUGGAGGAAAACAAGGAGGUGAGGGGUGUUGAGGUCGGUGCGCUGGAGCACACAAACGCGGAUGUGGUCUCAGACUCUGAUGGCAAUCUGGACUCUUUGCCUUUGGAAACAAGGCCGUUGACAGCAGAAUCUGAAAUAUGACUGCAGGUAGAACAAGAAAAACAGAGGCAACUACCACAGUGUGUGUGUUAAAAUGAAUGAAUCUGAAGCUGAUGGCUGUUCUUUAUAGAGCAUGACAGUUUGUAAAAGGCUGCGGACUGCAGACGCUUGUGAACCACACACAUUAAAUGUUAUGGUGAAAGCGGUGAUAAAUGAACUGGUGGCAUGGAGCUAGACGUAUAAUAUAGGCAAGAUGCCUUCCCUUACACACUGUGCAGUCCACCCUUCUUAGAAUAUUUUUAGAAGUUUUAAAGGCUACUAAACCAUCUACAGCAUCACACCUCCUGCACAAAAGGUCACCGGUGGUUAAUGAGCUGGUCUCUUAGCGAAGUAUAUUCACGGCCCUCUUCAAUGAGGUGGUCUUGGUGUUCCUCUCAUGGCUGGACACAGGAAAGGACACUACGCUCCUCCGGGCCAUCAUCUUGCAACGUGCGCCUUAACGAAAAAGUCUCAGUCCUGCUAUAGGCACUCUGAGCACACACUGCAAUAAAUGUCACAGGAAGAGGAGGCAUUAAGAGGUGAUUCACUGGGCAGUAUACUGCCACUUCUCGCAGGUCUUUAUUGUUUUAUGUGCAAUACCAGUCAGUGGUAGAACGUGACGGUAAGCUCAACCCUGAGCCAAGGUCAUGAAUGUUGGCGAUAAGUGCUGCUAAGUUACAUAUUAUAUGUUUAGAGGAAGAUCUUGGAGCCAAAAUGUAUUAUUUGUCUUUUAAAGUAUCUAUUUUGAAGAUUGCAGAUGCAAACUAUAAUGUUAUUUCUAGAUGUAGACGAGCAUGAUUCUAUCAAUGUGUUUUCCAAAGCUUUAAUGUACUUUUUGCUCUCCAGAGAAUUUUUCCCCCACAUAACAACACAGACUGUUUUAAUAACUUAAAGCCAGAUGUGUGCAUGUAUUAAGGAGACAACCACCGGCACUCAUCUGUUAGUUGAUGUCGAUAUGAAACCAGACUUUAUCCUCACCUACAACGGUUUGCUGUUGAGCUUAUUCUGACGUAGUCUGCUUUAAUUAACAUCAGUGUUUUUUGGCGUGGCGGACUUGCAGAUGUUGGACACAUGCAGAUGUUGGUAGCCGUGGUUACCGCCGAUGCUUAACCACUGCGGGUCUUGUGCGGUUAUUUGUUAUUUCUGAAAGGGCACUUGACUUCAGUCCUGCAUAAGAAGGGUCUUUAAUGUUUCUUAACAGUUGUUGUGACACAUUUAGAUCAGUAGAAGCCGAACGCUGUACUGCUUCUUUGCUAAAGGGAAUUAGAAUUAAAACAUGUCAUCUGUUCUCAAAUUGACCUUUCUCCUGUCUUAGCUCUUCAUUUUUCUACAAGGGUCUUCCUGCCUUCCUGCACAAACCAGAGACUGUACAGUUUUUUAAUUAUCUUUUGUAAAUUAUUAUGCAAAUACUGUGUAUUGACAUUGCAGUUGUUGAAAACAUUUUAGGUCCUUUUUUCAAUAAAAAAAACAAAAAAUAAA